UGAGUCAAACAAUAUUUAUUCGAUACAUGCAUAAAUGCUUAAAAUAUAUUGACCUGGUAAUGUGGCGAAGUUGCUUAUUCGAACUGGCGGUAAACGAAAAGUUGAAAUAAAAUCGCGAUGACAACUUUUGAAGUAAAAGAAGCUAGUUUAGACACAGGACAAGAAAACGAACAAAUAACUAACAACUCCAUUGAAGAAAUUCGUAAAUGUAACACACAAAAUUAUAUCGACACUUCUUGGGAACAAAGUUAUUAUGGUUCAUUUCAAGAGUCGAAAAGCAGUAAACGUGAUAGGACUCCACCUUUUAUGAGUAUUAUGAUUGACGCAGAAACUGUUGAUAGCAGAAUAAAUAGUUCUACACAAACAGAAUUCGCAGGUCCAACGCAAGGCAGUAUUAUUGACGAAAAUUUAUCGCUUACUAAAUACUUUAAUUUCGAAGAUUUAUCAUCCAAUGAAAAUGACGAACGAUCUUCAAGUAAGCGCUUCAGACACGAUUCUUUAGAAGAUAAUAAAGAAAUACGACCAUGGAAAAAGACAAAGUGUACAGAAUCAAAUACAUCGAGUUCAACUGACUUAAAUGAGGAGAGAUCGCUACAAGGGUCUCUAGCAAAUGAAUUAGGUUCUGAAUCAGAAUUAUCAUUUAAAUCAAUUAAUAGUAAUUAUUCUUAUAAGACUCGUAAAAGAAGGAGAAAAUCGGAUUCUAAUCUGUUUAGAAGUGUUUUUCAAAGAUCUGGAAAGAGUAACUACUUCAAUAAAUAUAGUUAUUCCGAAAGGAAAUCGCCAGAUAUGUUAGCCGUAGAUGACAAUUACACGCCAAUAAUAGAUGAAAAUUUGUGGUGUAUGUUGUCAGGAGGUACACCGAGAAAUGAUAAGGUACACCGGCGCAACAAACGUACGAAGUUAUCAAAGCUGAUGGACCUUUGUACAUGGAUUGGCAGGAAGGGUUUCCAGUCUCUCACCGGGUUGUAUGCAGAUAUCCUCAGAGAACCAAUAAGUCAUGACGAAAACAAAGAAAAUAUCUACGCGGAUGAGUUAAAACGACUCAGAAGAUUCAUCGACGAGGUCGAUCAAAAGCAUACUCGUAUGUCGCGAGAAAAUGAAAGUCUUCAGGAAGAAAUGAAAAAAAUGGCGGUUAAAAUUGCUGAGCUAGAGGAUAAAAUUAGUAGGCAGCAGAAUGCAUACAACAAUCAAUCAUCUUUAAAACCAGUAUCAUGCCCUCCACCACCGCCACCUCCUCCCCCUCCGCCGCCACCACCGCCACCGCCACCGCCUCCAACAUCAUCAAACAGAUUGCCCAUGCGCUCUCACACAAUACCAAGAUGCGGUUCAGCGCCACCGAGGAUAGCGGGACCACGCCUUACUAUUACUCCGCAAGACAUCGCUAAUGUAAAACUGAGAAAAGCUAAGGACAAUCCUGUCCGAUCUAAGCCUGUAAAAGAAGUUCAACAGCCACUGGUAACGCAACAUUUACUAGAGGCCACGAGGGCGAGGCUUGGUCGUAACCGACCUGUUGCUGCCUCCACACCAAAGCAGCAACUAUCUGAUUUAGAAAAAUGCUUAUUACAAGAGACAUCAGUAACGUCGCUGUACAGACGGAGAGUAACACGGGGAACAUUUCGUAGCACGGAGGAGUUACGGGCGCGGCCGUACCCCGCUUCGCGAUGUACUCGUUCGCCGUGCUCCCCGCGCUCACCUCGUUCCAAUUCACUGUCGCGUGUAACCGCUACGUCUCCACUUAAAUUUCCACUAUUAUGUCCUAACAAAGAAUGACAAUCUGUGCGUGCAUACGUGUUAAUUAUAGUAAUGUGAUUGAAUCUCGUAAUAUUAAUUAUUGUUUGUGAUUUUGGAAAUUGACAACAUUUUAAUUAGAUUCACUAUGUUAUCCUUGCCUUUGGACGACGAUCUUUUUCAGUUCAGCAUAGUAAUUACUAAAUAAGGUAGCACAUCAUAUUUAUCUGAAAUUAGAAAAUAUUUUAUUAAAAAUAUUGUUACACUGUUAAUGACAUGGAUAAUAACACUGACUGUACUGAAGUUUUGUUUGAAAUUAAGGACAUUUCUGUUAUUUAAAAAGUUACAUUGACUGUAAUAAUAACUACUGUAUGAAUAACAAUUUUCUUCUAUUUUAUAAUAAAUAUAUCCAUCGAAAGAUCAAUUUAAAAUAUUGUUAUAGUUUUUAAUGAAAGGAACGAAAUUUAUACAAAGAAAUAGAUACAUGUCGUAUCAACAAGAUUUAUAAUACAUUUUU